UUGGAGCUGGCUGCUGCUGAAUAAGUACAUUCUCAGGGACACAGGGCGUGGCGCUAGUGUUUAACAAUAUGUCAACAAUAUGGAUCUGUGUACUUAACAUUUAUGGUUGUGGGCAAAAGGCACAGCUGAUUAGUAAUGGCUUUCUCAAAAUUAAUAUUCCCUAAAGCUCUGACAAGAUGAAAAUUCAAUCUGUGGUUUGACCUCCGCGAUUAACGCUAGAACAAACGCCGGUCCAUUAUUAGGAAUUUAAAAUAACUUCACAAUCAACCUCACGCUUAAUGUCUUAACAAGCCCAAACAGCUCUGAGUUCUUAUAUUUUUCCGAGCUGGUCUGCCACGGCCCCUCCCCUCUCGCCCUCUCCGCCUUUAUGCAACAAUAGAAACUUGUUUCCGGGAUCUGUGCGUCAGGCUCUGUGAUGUGAAAGACCCACCAGCACAAAAGCCAAAGCCUCUUGACUGGGGAAAAAGGGAUAUAGCUGCCAUGACUGUGAUGAUGUCACGUUGCCAGAAUUACGAGAAGAAGGCAGAAUCACUUUGGGCAGGCUCACAUGUGAUAGCUGUCCUCCGUUAUCCUCCUACAGUUAUCGCUGUAAUGAAGUGAACAUUUAGAAUUGACAAAGAGCCUAAUGCUGUACAUGCCAAGUCCCUGCAGUUGAGUAUGAGCUAAUAAUCAGCAGGUGUUUUAACGGCCGGCUGUAUAAACAGGAAGAUGUUUUUUUAUUCUGUAAUCAUUUGUUGCUCAUAGAUUUGAGUUUUUCUGUUUCUUUUUCAGUCCCAGACUUGUUGUUGGGCCACAGAUAAUAAGAUCAGUGCUAUCACUUUCACUGUCCCUGUUCUCCACCGGGAAUUAACAUGAGAAAGAUUUAUUUGGAGCGGCCUGCCUCCCUCGCUGCUUCAGACUUUUCUUUUCAUCCCUCCAACUGUUGAGGCGCUGCCUCACCUCAACACGCACUUUUGUAAGAGGAGGGGUCUUCGUUCAGUUAUUCAGCUGCAGCAUGUCUGAACUUAAAGUAAAAAUAAUUAACAAAGGUUUUAAUGUGAUCAGACUUCUGCUUCUCUGGUAAACAAAUAAAAAAAUGUGCGGUGGUAACAGCAAGGGACACAUUUUUCUUGUAUAGUCAGACUAUGCCAACUGUCCAUUCAGUUGAAAUUCCACUUAAACGGGGAUAAGUGCUGGCAACAUAGCAUUCUGGCUCUUGGACACAUCCUCCGUUGUAUUCACUGCUGGCCAAGAAACUUCCUGUAAAUACGUUAUUGUUUACAACAGAAGUUUCAUACCCAGGAUUUCUUAAGGUCAACAUUUCUUCUGGCACACUGAGCCUGAACUGCACUUUAUUCCCCUUUAAUUUAACAGCUCCGGCAGCUUUUCUAGUUAAAUCGACUGUUCAUUAUUGAGAGCCAUUUUACGAAGGGGCUGUGAGGUGCAAUUUAAUGAAUCUCUGGCACAAAGCUCCCUUUCACUGCCGGGGCGAAGAAUAGAGGCUAUUUAGACCCUGUAGGGCUUUAUGUCAAAGGCAGCCCAUAAUAGUUGUCAGGCCAGGGCAGAAAUUCCCACUGGCCUGGGAAUGCACUAGAAAUCAACUUUUGCCAUGAGCAGAUGAAGACACAAACAAGCAGUUGGGAAGAUUCUCCGAAAUGGUGGCAUCUGUUGGGGCGCAAAGAUUUUCCCACAGAAAAGAAGUCUUUUUUCACUACUUUAUAGCCUUGAUUUGAUAGUGGGGUGUGUUUCAGUGCCUAAAUGAACAGUAAUUAGAUUACAAGGUAACUUCUGUUUAGUAAUCCAGACAGGGAAUUCCUAAGUAGGCAUGGUGAUUAAAUGGUGCAGAAAAAAGCAAGCAGGAAUCACAUGAAUAAUGAUAAUAAUCUUUGUGGGAUAUCCAACUUUAACUAAAAAAUGUGUUGUUUUUUUAAAAUUGUUUGUAUCAAAACCAAAUAUGUUGUCGUAAGUUAGUUAGAGAGAUGAUGGUGGAACAGUUCUACCCAGCAGAAGGACUGUACCCACCAGGAUUUCAAAGAGUUUUUCUGCUCCCUGUUACAGUAAUGUCCUCCAGUUUCAUGAAAGCGUCUUUGGUUCAGAGCACACGCAAACAGUUAAACUGGAGGGGGAGAGUUCUGACAGAGGUUAUUGUCUUCAACUCAGCAGGGAAUUUCAGACAAAUCCCUCUUAGAUGCAGGUGGUCAGGCACAAGCAAAGAGUUAAGUCCUGCGGUCUCUUUGCCCCUCCUCUUUGAUGUUCUGACAUCAUUAGUCCAGCCCCCUGAAAGAUCCCCUUGCUUUCCUCAGAGCCCGUCACUUCUACUCUGGAAUGUUUACAGGAACUUCAUGAGCAGCAUCAGGACCAAGUGUUUGUCAGAGGAAAAAAGACAUUUUUGGUUCGGGGAUCCCAGAGGAUGCCACAGGUGUAGCCGCUGGGCUCAACAGAGUAAUGGCUGUUCAGACUGCAAUCAUGAACCCUCAGUUCAUGAAUUUCUGCUUCCCUGGUUCUGUGAUGGAGUACGAGGUGGAGAAAAGUCUGGAUGGGAGUCUCCUCGGUGAGGCAGAAAAUGACGAGGACUACAAAGAGACCACUCGGGACUUGCUGAGCUUCAUAGACUCGGCCUCCAGCAAUAUCAAGCUGGCUCUGGACAAGCCGGUGAAGUCCAAGAGGAAAGUCAACCACCGGAAGUAUCUACAGAAGCAGAUCAAACGGUGCACCGGCAAUAUAACACCAGGAAAUGUAGCAGAAGUCCCAGUUAAAAGACAGGGUUCCCCCCUGGCUCAGCCCCUGCAGAGCAAACCUCUACCUAAACGUGACGGGGUCCAGGCCAAUUUACAGAGCAAGAGCUUGGCGGCCCUCUUUAGCCCUGCGAAGGAUAUAAGGGGUGAGAGAGCCAAGAAACCACCCCUCAGGCAUCGUAAUCUGCCCCUCUUUUUCACCGAGCCGGCCAACUGCUCCAAAGUCAGCUCCACGUCUGGGAUGACACUGAAGGACUUGGAGCGGGGCAAUCCUGAGGCGGCGGAGUUCUUCGAGCUCUUGGGGCCAGAUUACAGCAACAUGGUCAGCGACCAGGACCUUUAUCAAAGUAUGGCCGUCCGGGUGCAGCCAGAGAUGGGAGGCCCGGAUCCUGCCUCCUACGAUGCUCAACAUUUAGUUGGGGGUCUCCUCUACUCUGAGCCCUGGACUAGCUGCUCAGUACCCACUAAGAAAGUAGGGGAGAACCUGCGAACAGGCCCAGCCCAGCCCCCUGCUUACUGUCAUUCUGAGGCUGCUUCCGGGUCCAUAGAGGAUAACGCACUGUGCACUUUGGCUUUCCCCAACUUCUUCACAGACUGCUCCAUACCUCAGGUCACUUAUGAUUUAAGUGGUGGUUAUAACAGAACUAAUUAUUCAUCUCUAUGAGAAACUGACUGUGCUGGUAAAAGAGAUACAAUUGCUGUGACACUUUUUUUUUCUAUCGUCCCCUCUCAACUACUCCCUGUGUCCCUUUCCCCUGAGAGAAACAAGGAACUGAAAUGGUGUCUUUCGAGAAAAAGAGUUGUCCAAAGCUUUUCAAGUAACUGGAUAUCUUUUCACCAACGCAGUUUCAUUGACUACACUGUUCUGUCUGUAAUUAUUCACAUGUGCAUAUGGUUUUCUUUAUCUCGGGGCGCUUCUAUUGGCAUUCUGAAGGAAAAUGCAUCUGAUUUUGUGUAAGCUUCAGUGUGUGAGUCUGUUCCAUUGGAUGUAUCUUAUUAAUCUGGGACUGUGUUAAUGAAGACAUUUCAUUCUAACAUUUUUUAAAUAUUUGUUUUCAUACAGAAAGAAAGCAUACAAGCUGCGUAAUUAGUUGUUGGUUUAGUCCACUAAAUGUCACUUCUGGUUAGAAAAUGAUAUUAGAGAACUGUUUGCCACAUUUGCCACAACAUGCUGCAACAAUCUCUCAGCGAGGCACUUUUUGGUUCCUGUCAGUCACUGUUCUCUGUAGAGGGAGAAACCCAUUUCACGAUGUGUGAUGCUGUGUUUUUUACAUUUUACAGCUCAGAAAUGAUUUUCAGCUGGUAGAUUUCCCACUUGCAUCCAUUUGGUUGGAAAAGCCUUAUUUGUAUUUAGCUAUUGUAAGAGGACAAAAUAAAGCUGGUCUUUAUUACUGUGA